AUGCCAUAUGCACGACGGUUCAACGGUGACGGACUCGAAGCCUCAACAAGUCUGGAGCUUCUGUCCUUUGACAAGGCUUCAACUCAGCGUGAUUAUAAGCCUAUUGUUAGCUUACUCACUCAUUUAUCUCAUCUACGCACAACACCAUGCUAUUUUAUUUUACAUGAUGACAGGACUAGUAGCUGCACUUAUGGCUUCAUUGUAUACGUCAGGUCUCCUAGCGGUAGUAUAUAUGCUGAUAAUGAUCAGUAA